AUGUCUUCACCUCAAGAGCGCCUCUUCCGGCUCCCAGAGCUCUUGCACCAAGUUCUACUCCACCUCUCAAACAACGACAUAUCCAACCUCAUGGUCACCAACAAGGUCAUGCAAGACCUUUGUACUCCUUAUCUUUACUACACCCUCAACCUGACCUUCAUCUACGGCGGCUUCAACAUCUUGGAUUCAACUCUAGCCAAGCAGGCCAUCUCUAAGAACGCACACCAUGUCCAAAAGCUCACCGUCAGUCAGGUCGACCUCUGCUACCUCUUUAACUGCCUAAAAGUAGCAGCCUACAGGGAUGCGCAGCUUCAUUCCCCGUCCUCAGAAGGCAGUGUGGACGCUCCAUACUUUUUACUGCCUUCUUACCUUCCCCCGUUGGAUGUCUGUCUCAUCGAGGUUGUCCCCAUCAGUCCCAUGAUCAACUUGACAGAUCUGACUCUCUCCUUCAGACACGUGUGUGAGCAAGCCUACAGCCCUUACCGUGUGCCCAGUUUCUCCAACUCGCGGAUGACGGUCGCCCAAGCCUGUUGGGUCAUUUCUCUGAGUCCGCACCUGGUCAACUUGACCAUCCACAACCUCGUUAUCAAUGAGCAUCGGGAGAUCCGGUUGUUGGGCGAGACGAUCUAUGAGCUCUCCCGUCUCCGCUCACUAGAUCUGAAGCUGCGUGUGAGGGGAAGUUGGCAUAGCGCGGGAUCGUGGUACAAGGCUGGAUCGACGAUUGUGUUUAAUUGUCCGAGGCUGAUUCAAAAGUUGUGGAUUGAUCUGGAGGACUAUGGGAUUGCGCACAUGGAUGAGGAUGAUGAUUCUGACGACGAUGGCACUAUUGACGACGAGCUUGUGAUACAUGAGCACCACCACACUCCUUAUUAUGCUCACAGCGUCGACAUGGAGGAUGAUCUGGAGCAGGAUGAUGACGAGGAUAUGGACAGCGAUGAUAGUGAUGAGGAGAUAGGGUUUGGGUAUAAUGGUGAUGCUGAGGAAGACGAGGAAGACCUACAACCAGAGGAGUCGUGGAGUCUGCGCCUUUGGGAAAGCCAGCAGCGCAACGAAGACGAGCUGAUGUCGAGGCCGGAUAGAUGCGAACCUUUGAUGGAGCUUAUCGAUGUCAAGCUCUGGAACUUUGUCAAGGGCGUCACGGAGGACGAAGUGGUUUGGAUAUUUGAGCAUUGUUGCAAGGUUGAGAGGCUUGCUCUUUCCCCGUUCGAGCAGGACAUUGAUCCCAUGACCGUGGCUAACAUCAUCAAGACCUUUUGUACGAGGAUUCGGAGAUUGACGUUUUCGGACCCCGAGUUUGGAGGAGAUUGGGGCGCUCUGCUGCCGUUUGAGGUUCUGUCUGCUAUGCCUGACCAGCAGUUGCGAGAGAUUGACUACCAGGGAGUCAAGUACAAGAUGACCAAGGACAUGGCGCUAAGAUCCAUCGUCAGACACUCCGUAACCUUGACGACUAUUGUCUUUAAGGACUGUCAACAGAUCGCAUCGGAUGCUAUACGAGAAAUGCUAGCAGAGUGCUCUUCCCUCUACGACUUUCAAGUGACCUGGCACGAGGACGGGGUGGUCUCCUUUCUCCAUCUGGCAGAUGCGAUCGCCAUGCCCUGGGCGUCGAACAUGUUCACCCGCCUUAGCCUCACCAUCGGUAUACCCAGAUUGCGACGUGAGCGUGGUCAACGAGAAUACUACCGGCGCACUCCCAGAUGUGAUCUCUCACUCCCAGAGAAACGCCAGUUUUCACAGCUCGAAUGCCUCUACCACCAACUUGCCUCUCUCCAAUAUCUUGUCCAUCUCGACCUGCGAGCCCUAACCACCCACGCAGUAGAUGGCUCUAUCGAGGAUCCAUUCUAUUUCAACCACACCUUCCCAGCCAUGAUGUCAUUGGCAGAUCCUAAAUCCAAUCGACCAGGAUUUCUUGAGCUGUUCUCUGGAUGGAACAAGUUGGAGGUGCUUCGGGGGUCAUUCAGUGUCAAUACCGAUGAAACCUUGGAGACGAUGGGGUGCUGGGAAUCGACUUGGAUGUGUAGCCACUGGCCAAAGUGGAAGGAGGGCGAGUUCUUUCAGGGGUAUGAUGAGACGAGGGAGGUCUUUUUGUGGCUUGAGGCUUAUCGCCAGAAAGAGAACCCGUCGUUUUCUUUGGGUUUGGGUUGGUAG